AUGACUGUCAUUCAAAAUGUGGAACUAUUGCUCCAGGUCUCGGAGAUGCUUCGUGAAAUUGCGAAACAUCUCCGGAGCCAUGGCGCUACCCGAGAGUCUAAGCAUUUCUACAGCAGCGUCAUGGCUCAUUGCUUGAUGAUUCACGACCACAUCAGCCGCAUCGAGGCCUUCAUUGCCGAUGAUAAUGAUUUGAUCACAAACAUGUUGCUUCGACUCGAGGCAACCGUCACCUCUGAUAUCUUGAAAACCCGAUCGGUGCUCUCCACCACGGCUUAUCCUCGGCUCGCAACGCUACACGACGCAUGGAACCAUGCUCGCCGUGAGGGCAGUACAAUGGAACUGCAGCUCAUAGUGCUCUCAAUUGACCUUGCUGAAGACUCGGAGCAACCGGAUAAGCUGAUUGAAUUUUUCGAAGAUUGGGAAGAUGACCUCAAGGUUCAAUAUCCCGACGACCCGGCACUGUGGGCUCGAGAUGAUAUGGCCAGCCUGAAGAAGAAUAGAAGACAGCCGUCAUACUUGGUUCUGAAUGCUCCUCAGUCAUUGUUCCUUGCCCUGGUGGAGUCGAAGGACUGUACAUGUCAGCCUGUACAUGACUUCGGUGUUCGACUCUGCCUGGGAACAUUUCAAACUCUCCCGGAGACCGAGAAGGAGCGCGAGCACGACUGCGCGUUCGAGAUGUUUCUAUCGAUGCAACAGGAAUGGCACGAGACAGACGUGUGCUUUGCUAAGAGUGCUGGAAUAAACUUCGCGCAGACCAACAAAACCGCGCAGAGGCCAAAGGUCCACGCCAUGAAGAUCAAGAGUCUAUGUGAACCGAUUAAGAAGAGGAAGCCCUAUGAUCGUCUUAAGCUGAGAGUUGGGGAUGAUGGACGACUGUGGAAGCUGCGAUCCGAGAAGUCCUGCUUUGCAGUGGAUGAGACCAAAGAGCCGGUCUCACUGCAGCACUUUAUCCAGGGCCAGUACAGGUCGCUGACCGAUAAGACCAAACGUAUUCUGGCCGUGAUUCUCGGAUAUGCUGUUCUAUACCUCCAUGAAACUCCCUGGCUCCCACCCUCAUGGGGCCCUUCAAGUAUCUUAUUCUUCCACACGACUUCAUCGGCGAUUCCUCUCAAACCCUUUAUCCAAACUCAAUUGGCAAAAGAUCACGCGGUCGCUUCUCCGAACAUUUCCAUUAUAGAUUCAGAUGACUUUGAUCCCGACGACUUAGACCCAGAUGACAUUAUGAUACAUCAGUGUCCGCAUCUGGUGACUUUGGGGAUUGUGUUGAUGGAGCUGUAUCUCGCCACUCCCUUCGAAGAACUAGCUGAAAAAUACGGUGUGCCUCUGAAUGAUCGGACGAGGUCCAUCGAUGCAGAGCUAGUGUUUGAACAAUGCAAAAUUGAAAUCCCGGAGAAUUCCCAGUUUCAUUACGCCGUGAAGAAAUGCUUAGAUCCAAAGGUGUGGGAGGACAACAAUGGAGCCCGAUUGAGCGACAAUGCAUUGAAAACCGCAAUAUACCAGGAGGUUGUUAGUCCCUUAGAAGAUGAGCUGAGCCAAGCGUUUAGCUACAUUUCUCUUGAACAACUUGAUCGCAUUGCACAAACUCUGGAUCUGGCCAGUUGGGGUCAGGCUAUCCAGACUUACCAGGCUUCUCCUCGUUCUCCUGGAACUCCCGUCGACAUGGCGUUGAGACCAGCACCGGGGCUCUCAUCGAUCCAAGACUUGAAAAAUCAAUAUCAACAGCAGCAAAGAUAUCUAGCGCAUCUUCAGGGAUCGGUCACGUUGCCAGCGAUGCCUAUCUUUCAGCCUGUUUCUUCUGCGAUGCACGUGCCCCAACCAGGAAUAACGACUCAGUUUCCUUACUCAAGCAUGAAAUUCUUUGAUGAUGAAACAACUGCCGAAGAGCAUUCAGCGGAAGCAUGUAUCAAUUAUCGCAAGUGGCGUCAAAGAUAUAAAGAUGUCUACGAAAAGCACAUCUUUCAGCCACCCAAUAUCCCAGUGAAGAUCGCUGUUUUCGAUACCGGGGUGGAUCAGACACACCCAGACGUAGAUGCAUGCAUUGAGCAGAUCAAGGGUCAAUUCAAUUGGACGAAUGAGAAAUUUCCCCGGCUGGUCGACGACUACAACGGUCACGGAACAUUUAUCACGAGCUUGGUCAUGGAAUAUUGUCCCGACGCAGAGAUCUACAUCGCUAAGAUUUCCGACGGCAAACCAUCCAGUCCCAGCAUCAUCGCCAAGGCUCUGAACUAUGCAGUCAACGAAUGGCAGGUUGACAUCAUCUCCAUGUCGUUUGGGUUUCGCACAAGGGAUGUUGAAGGCUACGAUGAGCUGGAACGUGCCAUUCACAACGCAUACUCCAGCCAUGUUCUUCUCUUUGCUGCCGCUUCGAACAGCGGUGCGAACCUGGACAGGGCUUACCCGGCUCGCGAUGAGAAUGUGAUCUGUAUCAAUUCAACCGAUGCAAAUGGGAACCGCUCACCCUUUAGCCCUACUGCUCUCGCGGACACACUGAACCUGGCCACGGUCGGCGAGGCCGUGGAGUCCGCUUGGCCAGUGCGUCUCUGCGAAUCGCCGUCUGGUCUCAAGCAUAAAUCGGGGACAUCAUAUGCCACCCCCAUCGCGGUUUCCAUUGCGGGCUUCCUGCUGCAGUACACCCGGCUACAUUUCCCCGAGUAUGCGUACAUGUUGCAACGACGGUCGAAAAUGCAAGCCGUGCUGCGGAAGAUCGCGGAGAAGAGCCUGGACUCGCGAGCCCGCGAUGACUACCAUUUUGUGGCACUGAGUCUUUAUUCCGAUAAUCUAUUUGGAAAGGACCCGGAGUUCAUCAACCAUACACUGCGCGAUAUACUCCGCCGGUAG